UGUUGGUGUUUUUUUGUUUUUGCUGCAAUAUUUUCAUCUCUGACACUAAUGGCAAUGGACCAUUUCCCCUCCCUACAAGAAACAAGUUUUAGCAAUAAAUGCACAAGCAAUGUAUUUUCUGCAGUUUUUACACUAAAUGCUUUCACCAAUUGGCUUUGUUUUUAAAACAAAGAGCGGGGACACUUUGAUCAGAAUGUCCUACAUAUGACCGCUGUAUACGUAAUGCACAUAAUAAGUAUUCAGCGAUGAAUAAAUUUUGAUAGGGCCCAAUCUAUCACAGAUUAGCGUCUUCGCUGUAUCAGCUCAUUUAAUUAGGAGUAUCUGGCACUUACGAUGUAAUUCUGACCGGGAUUCAAUUUAACAGAACAUACACCCCUUAUACGGCGUUGGGCUCUGUUUUCUUGAGAUGAUGUUGCAGUGUUCCAUUCUUCUGCUAUUCAUUGUUACUAUUCAUGGAUCUGUUUUCCAAGUCCCUUCGCCAUUCUUGACACUCAGUUCCAACAAUAUGACGGAGGGACAAUCCAUCACUCUCACAUGUGUCGUCUAUCCGGGUUCCACGCAAUUACCGCCAUUAACCUGGUUUUGGAAGUGUGGUAAUGACAACCUCACUGGUAAUGCGACAACAGGACUUCAUAAUACUGCACUUAAAAUCAAGGCCGACAGAAAAUACAACGGGGAGACGUGUUUCUGUAAAGUUAGGCCGAGUUCUGCGAACGACUCAUACAGUAAAAUGUCUAACCACGUGACAAUCAAUGUGAAAUAUGCUCCGAAAACAAUACCUUUUUUGAAUACAACUAGCACAGCUGUAGUUGCGGGAGAAGAAAUCACUCUUCAGUGCACGUUGGAUUCUAUGGGAAAUCCCCAGAUCCGGUGGACGUGGAAGUGUGGUCGAUAUACCGUGUACAACAGACGAAUUGUGAACAUGAACGCCACGACCAAAUUGAUUUUAGAAGCUGAUUCUAAUCUGAACGAGAAAAUAUGUCACUGUGUCGCUAGGAGUUAUCAACUGAACUACGAAGCUGCAUCCAAUUCUGUCUCUCUGACCGUAUACUAUUUCCCAGAUGGUUACCCUGAAAUAGAUAGAUCAGUUUUCUUUGUAAACAAAAACACGCCUGUAACUUUAAGAUGUUCCCUCAACUCCCUCGGAAAUCCUCCAGUUGUGUGGUAUUGGUACUGUGACAACAAACCAAUACUUAGAGGUAUUAAAAACACUAAUUUUGGUUCGAGUUUGACCAUGAUUGCACAACUAUCAGACCACAAUACGGCAUGCCACUGUAGAGCAAAGAGUGAAUCCCAAUGGGGAAGCUACGACAAAAAUUCGUCAAAGGCACUCAUAACAAUCAGAACAACGGGCAAUACAGUUACUGAAUCUGCACCUAUUAAAGCGGGGGUUUCUAAGGAUGUUUUUGGUGCCGUGGCAGGGAUCCUUGUCUUGGUUGUUAUCAUUGCAGGAGUCGUUAUUGUAUUUCACCACAGAAGGAUCGUCGACAUGGGUACACGACUUUCUACUGAAAAAAGGGAAAACAAGAACGAUACUGGAGGUGGCCAAGAUAAUCUGAAUUACAGCACUCUCAGAGAGGAAAGCAGCCAUUCCAAAGAAUGAUGUACAGUCAAUCCGUAGGAACUUAUCAAAAUCUGCAGGAGUAGUCACUACGAUUUCCGUGAUUCCAUUGAAGAUCCUAAAUGUUUGUAAUUAAUUAUUGCGUUCAAUUCUUGUAUAUAAUAUCAAUGUUACCUCCAAAUAUCUAUACAGCGUAUGUACAUGUAGCUAAAAAUAGAAAUACAUAUAACCAUUAAAGAUUUACCAACCUCA